AUGAGAAGCUUACUGAUAUUUUCAGUUUUGUUAAUCCACAAUGUAUUUGCUGUUUGUGGAAAGAAUGAAACAGUAGUUCGAGGUAGUUGUGAGAAAUGUGAAGAUAAAUUUGAUUUUUGUUCAUUUUGUGAUGAGAAUAGUUGUAUUUCAUGUAGUGAAGGUAAAUAUUUAAAUGAAGGAAGGUGUGACUUUUGUCCAAAUUAUUGUAAGAGUUGUACUGCCAAUUCAUGUACUUCUUGUGAAGAUGGAUUUUUUCUUAGUGAUAAUGAAUGUUUUUCUUGUUUAAUUAAAAAUUGUACCAAAUGUCUUUCUAAUGGGAAAUGUUCUGAGUGUACUGUAAAUCAUUAUUUAAAUGAUGGCACAUGUUUGUCAUGUGAAGAAGAGUCAUCAAAUAAAUAUUCUCAAUGUUAUUUAAAUUCAAAAGGAGAAUUAGUUGGAACUCAAUGUGGAAACGGAUAUUAUAAUAAUACAAAUAAUCAAUGUACUUUUUCAACAAAAAUAUUAAUAGAAGGUUCAUGUGUAGAACGAUCAACAGUUCAUUGUUUAAAUUCUAAAAAUUCAAGAUGUACUCAAUGUGAUAUAAGUUCGCACUUAAUACAAGGAGUUUGUUAUGAAACAAUUCCGUGCUGGUGGUCUAAUAAAAUAACAGAUAUUUCUCAAGUAGAAACCUCUGAUAGUUACUCUAUAGACCCUAAUACGAUUAUAUUUAAUAAUUUAUGUUUUGAUAAGUCGUCAACACAUUGUCUUCAAGUAAGUACAAAUACUCAUAGUUGUACAGAAUGUGUAAAUGGAUAUUAUUUAUUUGGAGGAUUAUGUCUUCAAUGUUCUUCUUUCUUUGAUCAUUGUAUUGAUUGUGGAGAAAUUCAAAUGAAUAACUUUACUCAUACUGUAUGUAAAUAUUGUGAAGAAGGAUAUUAUAGUGAUGUUGGAUGUAGUCCUUGUAGUAAUAUAAAUGGAUGUAAGAGAUGUGAAAAUAUAUUAAGAAAAGGAGAUAUGUCAACAAAGAUUUGUUAUGAAUGCAUUGAUGGAUAUGAAUUAAUAGAUGGAAUGUGUAAACCACUUUUAAAUUGUGUAAAAGCAACUGGACCAAUUUGUAAUGUUUGUCGUAAGAAUUAUCUUCCUCAAAGCGGAAGAUGUGUUCCAAUGAAAGAAGUAAUUCCUAAAUGUUCUUCUACUUUAAAUGGUAAAUGUAAUUCUUGUGAAAGAAAUUAUUAUAUUACUAGUACAAAUGAAUGUCGUUUAUGUAAUAUUAAAGGGUGUUCAGAUUGUUCAAUUGAUGGGGUAUGUACUAUGUGUGAAAAAGGUUAUUGGUUAGACAACAGAUUUUGUAGUAAAUGUGAUACAAUAGCUAAUUGUGUUGAAUGCCAUAAUGAUAAUUCAGGAUGUUUAUAUUGUAAAGAAGAUUAUUAUGUUUCAAAUGGACUAUGUGUUUCUUGUUCUUCUGGAGUUACUGAUCAUUGUAAAUCUUGUUUACAAAAAGGUAACACUAUCACUUGUACUUCAUGUCAAGAAGGAUAUUAUCUUCAAGAAUCAAAAUGUCUUCAAUGUAAUACUCUUGACUCUUUAUGUCUUACUUGUUCUCCAUCAGAACCUCGUUGUUUAUCAUGUAAAUCAACUCAUUUUCCAAUGGGGAAACAAUGUUUAUUAUGUUCUACAAGAUUAGUCCAUUGCCUUGAAUGUUCAAGUUUAGAAGAAUGUACUGCUUGUGAAAGUGGAUAUUACUUAUCUAAUGGAGAAUGUUUCCCAUGUUCUGUUAUGAAAGGAUGUCAAUUAUGUAGUAGUGGAAAUGUAUGUACAACAUGUGAUGAAAUUUACAGGCCAUUAAAAAAAGGAGAUAAUGUAAUAUGUUCUUUUGAUGGAGGAGUAGAACAUUGUAAUAUAUUUACAAUAGAUGGAAUAUGUACAGCAUGUUCAUAUCCUUAUACUUUAGACACUUCAUUAAAUGUAUGCCUUGAUUGUCUUUCAACUAUUGAAAAUUGUGGUGAAUGUUCACCAGCAUCAAAACAGUGUAUUUCAUGUGUUUCUAAUUUAUAUUAUUUAAAUAAGGAUAAAAUGUGUGAGUUAUGUUCUGUAAGUAUGCCUCAUUGUAAAACAUGUGAAGAAACAUGUCUUUCUUGCUUAAGUGGAUAUUAUCUUUCAUUAGGACAAUGUCAAAGUUGUGAAGUUACACAUUGUAACAUUUGUACUGAAAAAGGAAAAUGUGAGACAUGUAAUAGUGGAUAUUAUCUUACAGACACAAAAAUAUGUCAGGCAUUAACUCGAACACAAAAUGAAUGUAUAGAAUAUGAUGGAAUAAAAGAAUCAAAUGGAUGUAUCUCUUGUAAUGAUAAAAGUUUUAUAUAUAAUGGAGAAUGUUUAUUAUGUUCAUCCUAUUAUCCAAAUUGUGAAGAAUGUUCAUUAGAGGGAUUAUGUUUAAAAUGUUCAGAGGGAUAUUAUCAAGUAAAUGGACAUUGUGAAGAGUGUUCUGGUAUAAAUGGAUGUUCUAAAUGUAGUCCAAAUUCUGAUGAAUGUCUUGAAUGUUCAUCUGGAGUAUUAAUAAAUGGAAGGUGUGGAAGUUGUAAGAAUAGAUUAUGUAAUACAUGUUCUUCUGAUGAUACUUGUCUUUCGUGUAUUUCUGGUUAUAAAUUAGAAUCAGGAAAUUGUAAAUCAAUUUAUAUUAAAGAAAGUAUUGAAUAUCAGAAUAAUAAAUAUAAAUUUAAUAGAUUUAAUUCAAGUAUUAGAUAUGUAAGUUCAAAUGAUAAUAACUUUGUUAAAUGUCAACCGAAUUGUCAAGAAUGUAAAGAUAAUAAUUGUGUGAAAUGUGAUGAUUAUUAUUAUUUAGACAAAAUAAAAACAACAUGUGUUUCAUGUUCAAGUAAUUGUAUUUCAUGUAAUGAUAGUAAUACAUGUAUAAAAUGUGAUUCAAAAACAUAUCUUUCUAAUGGAAAAUGUAUUGAUAUUCCACACUCACAUUAUAAAAAAACUGAAAGUAGUACUGAAUUAUGCUCUAGAGCAAUUUUUUCAUGUUCAACAUGUUCAAUUGAUCAAGGAAAUGUAAUAUGUAAUUCAUGUAUUGAAGAUUAUGCAUUUUAUUCAAAAGAAAAACGUAUUUGCGUUCGUCAUUAUGGGUUAAUUGAUUCAGAUGGAACAAGAAUUUUAUGUCCAAAAGGGUGUAGUUUUUGUGAUAAAAAUUUACGAUGUUUAAGUACAUACAGUGAUAAUUCAUUUAUUCAAAACGGUCAAAUAGUUGAAAUGAAAAAUUCUGAUGAAUGUCUUAUAUUUGAAACAAACAUUGGUUGUGUUUCAUGUAAAUCUUCAAUUACAUCUAAUGGAAUUUGUUUACCAACUAAUUCUCGUUGUAAAUAUCAAAUAGUUAAUUCUGAUGGUUCUAUUACUUGUAUUAAAAGUAAUUUAUUAAAACAAUUAACUUUUAAAACUACUGAAACAGUAGAAUUUCAAACAACAGUUACAACUUGUUCAAAUGGUAAAUAUUAUGGAACAACAACAUGUACAGAAUGUUCAAAUAGUUGUUCAACAUGUAAUAAUAAAAUGUUAUGUACAUCUUGUAAAGAAGGGAUAUUAACAUCUGAAGGAAAAUGUGUUACAGCAAGUAAUUGUGAAACAUUUACAAAUUCAUCAUGUGUUAAAUGUAAACCAAAAUAUUAUCUUGAAGAUAAUAAUUGUAUAAAUUGUCCAGAUGGAUGUCAAGAAUGUAUAAAAGUCAAUUCUGGAGUUAAAUGUAGAAUGUGUAGUGAUUCUUCACUUAUUUUAGUUAAAGGAACAUGUACUACAUUACAACAAGCACAUUGUAAAAGUAAAUUAAAAAAUUAUCCAUAUUGUUAUGAAUGUGAAAGUGGAUAUAGAUUAAAUAAAGACAGCUCUUGUGAAUUAAUUUCUGUUAAAGAUUGUCAAUAUAUCUUUAGAGGUGAAUGUAUUAGAUGUUCAAGUCACAAUUUAUUACUUUCAGAUUUAGGAGAAAUGGUUUGUGAUGAAAAAACAACAGCAAGAUGUUUAGUUGAUUCACAAAAUGGUUGUUUAAAGUGUAUUGAUGGAUUUUAUCAAGAUAAUCAAAACAAUUGUCAACCAUGUGAUAUUUCAUGUCUUAGAUGUGAUGAAACACCAAAAAACUGUAGUUCAUGUAGUUUUGGAUAUUAUUUUAAUGAUGAAGGAGUUUGUGAAUAUAUUGGAGAAUUAGCUCAUCAAUGUAAAAGAUUUGUUCCAAACGGAAGAAGUUGUGCAGCUUGUAAAGAAGGAUUUAUUCUUCAAGAUGGUGGGACAUGUGAAGAGUGUAAUGAAAAAUGUAUUAGUUGUAUUAAAAAUAAAGAUAUAUGUUUAGCUUGUAAUCUUCAAGGAGGAUGGUUUUAUGAUGAACAACAAGUUAAUGAACUUGAAAGAUGUCAACCUACUUCAUCUUUACAACAUUGUAAACAAUUUGAACAAAAAGGAUGUUCAAUAUGUGAAAAUAGCUUUUAUGUUAAUUCAAGCCAUCGUUGUUCACCAUGUAAAACUGAUUAUUGUUUUGAUUGUACAUCUAAUCGAUGUAAUGAAUGUAUUGAUCAAUAUGUUUUAAAGCAUCAAGUUUGUAUAUAUUGGAAAGACAUUAAAAAGUGUAUUUCAUAUGAUACAUCAACUAAAAAAUGUAAUAAAUGUCAAUCUUUAUAUACACCAACUAAUGAUGGAGCAGAAUGUGUUUUCAAUAAAAUUAGUUUAGUUUUAGUUAUUGGAAUACCAUUAUUUGGGAUAUUUGUUAUUAUUGUUUUAACAAUAAUAAUUAUUUCAUAUCUUUUAUUUGCACUUCAUAAAAAGAAAAAAUUAGAAGAACGAAAAGCAAAAAUCACAGAACAAUAUAUCGAUGUUUUAGAAAGUGAAGGAAUCCAUUUAAAACCUUUUGGUGGAAAUAGUUCCUUUGUUGUUAGUAGUACUGAUACUCUAGAAUUCUUUGGAGAAAUUGAUGAUGAAGUUCCUGUUGGUUUAGAAACAGCUCAAACGAUGUUUAUUGGAAAUAAAAAUGCUAAAAUAAUAAAAUGUCAAUUUAGUUAUAAAUCAAUGGAUGAACGUGUAAGAGUUAGAAUUGAACCAGAACUUAUUGAUAUUAAGAAAGGACAUGCAGUACAAUUUAAUAUUUCAAUUCUUCCAUUUUGUUCUUGUGAAAUAAAUGAAACUAUUCUUUUUAUUGCUGUUGAUAUAAAAACAAAUAAAGUUAUUGAAAUUCCUGUUCAUAUUAUAUUCAAAACAGUUUUGAGUACAAAACUUGAUUAUAACGAUUUACAAAUAAAAAAACAAAUUGGAAAAGGGUCAUUUGGAAUUGUUUAUAUAGGAGAAUUUAGAGGAAGUAAAGUUGCAAUUAAACGAAUGAUUGAAAAUGCCAGUGAUGCAAAACAAUUAGAAGAAUUUGAGAAAGAAGUUUCAAUGUUAGACAAAUUUAGAAAUGAUUAUAUUGUUCAUUUUUAUGGAGCGGUAUUUAUCCCUAAUAAAAUAUGUAUGGUAAUGGAACUUGCAGAAUAUGGUUCACUUGAAGAUUUAAUUAAAAAAAGAAGUAAUAACCCUUUAUCAAUGGAACUUCGUAUAAAAAUUAUGUUAGAUGCUGCUAAAGGAAUUGAAUAUCUUCAUUCAAAUGGAAUAUUACAUCGUGAUAUUAAACCUGAUAAUAUUUUGGUUGUAUCUUUAGAAGAAAAUAUUAAAGUUAAUGGUAAAUUAACAGAUUUUGGAAGUGCAAGAAAUGUUAAUUUAAUGCUUAAUAAUAUGACAUUUACUAAAGGAAUUGGUUCACCAACGUAUAUGGCUCCAGAAAUAUUAAAUAAAAAGAAAUAUGAAAAACCAGCAGAUAUUUAUUCAUUUUCAAUCUCUUUAUACCAAACAAUUAUUUAUCAUGACCCUUAUAAAGGAAUAUGUGAAUAUCCAUGGGAUAUUAUUGAUUUUAUUCAAAAAGAUAAUUACCUUCCUUUCCCUAAUGAAGCAACAGAAGAGAUGAACUUAUUAUUAAAAAAUACUUGGGAUCAUUCUCCCUUAAAACGAAUUAAUAUUAGUGAAGUUAUCUGUUCAUUACAAAAAAUCUUACAAUCAAUUUGUUCUAAAAAUGGAAAAACAAUUUAUUAA